GCCAAGCUACGGUCGGAAAACCAUGGCCUGAGGGUACGGCUGGAUCGGGCAUGGCCACGGUGGCUCAAUUCGGUCCAAACCUGCCCUCUUUUUCCUUAGUUUUUUUUGUUUUUUAUUUUAUUUUAUUUGGUCUGGCCCAGUCCAUAUAAGGCUAGGGCUGAGGCUGAGGCAGGGCCUUUUUGGCCUGGUCAAAGACGGACUAGACCUAGGCCGACCAUUUGUGGACUAGGGCAGGGCCAGGGAUGGGGGUGGGCCGGGCCCAAGCCCGUCCUGUUGCCACCCCACUAAAACCACCCUACUUAUUAAUAACAGUGUUGAGGGAGAAUAAUAUGAUUGACAUGGGGAGAGAGAGAAAGGACCACCAUCGACACUCUUCUCUAGAGAGAGAAAGAGAGGAGAGUGAGAGACUAAGAACCUGCAAAUUCUGAUAGGAUGACAAGGAGUCAAGGAAACUAUCUGAUGACUUAGCCAUGAGAUGUUUUCUUGGUUAAUGAGACAUAAUCUAUGAAAUCAGAAGCUGGUGUUCUGAAAUUUGCAGCUUGUUUUGUGUCAGCGCAAGCAUGUUGCUAAAUGGUUAGCCUCUCUAUCUUAUGGCCGCAAGAAGGAAAUACUUUCUCAAUAAAUCAUGUGUGCUCAUUAUAGUGGUUGCCAGUGUAGAGCGGUUCGCGUACAAAGGUGUGGCCUCAAAUCUGGUGACCUAUCUCACUGAUGUUGUUCACCAGAGCAAUGGUGAGGCGGCGAAGAAUGUGAGCACAUGGGCCGGCCUCACCUCCAUGCUUCCGCUCCUCGGCGCCUUCCUCACCGACUCUUAUUUCAACCGCUACUCAACUAUCAUUCUCUCUUCCUUUUUCUACCUCUCGGGUCUUGUAGCAUUGGCUUCAUUGGCAAGGUUUCCUCAUGGCAAAGCUAUCUCAUCUGCACCUAUAUUUGGCUCUCUCUAUUUGAUUUCAUUUGGGCUAGGAGGAUACAACCCAUCCUUGCAAGCCUUUGGAGCUGACCAGCUAGAUGAGGAAGAGGAUGGGUAUGCAAGCAGUAAAAGCCUAUUCUUUAAGUGGUCAUAUUUUGGUAUUUGUAGUGGAAGCCUCUUGGGGGUGUCUAUCUUGCCAUAUAUUCAGGAUACACUAGGUUGGGAAUUAGGGUUUGCAUUACCAGCCAUUGCCAUGGGAGUUUGUGUUGUGUGUUUCAUUUGUGGGACACCAUUAUAUAGGCACAAGCAAUGUGAAGAUGGCGGUAGAACAUUUGGAUCCUUGAUUAGUGCUCUUAGAUCAGUUACAAGGAAAUUUAUUGGGGGAAGAACGAAUGUCGCUUCGGGCAAUGUACGCGCCAUUGAACUCGAGUUGCCUGAAAGGCCAAUUGAGAGUGAUAUUGGUUUUGUGACAACACCAGACAAGAAGAUGGAUAUAGCCACAAUUGCAUGGGAAGUAUUCAGACUUCUACCUAUAUGGGCAACAUUCCUAAUGUUUGCAGUCAUCCUUCAACAACCCUCCACCUUCUUCACAAAACAAGGAAGCACAAUGAAGAGAAACAUUGGGGAGAAAUUUCAAAUCCCUCCGGCUGCACUUCAGAGCACCAUAAAUCUUUGCAUAAUAAUGCUCAUGCCUAUAUACGAUUCAAUACUCAUCCCGAUCCUAAAAAUCAUCACUCAAGAUGAUAAAGGCAUCGAUACAUUACAAAGAAUAGGCAUUGGCAUGUUUUUCUCGAUCACUUCGAUGAUCAUCGCGGCACUUACAGAGUCCAAGAGGCUUCACAGUGUGCAUCCAAUCAACAUCUGCUGGUUGCUACCACAGUAUGUUCUAUUGGGUGUCUCUGAUGUUUUUAUGGUCGUGGGGAUUCAGGAGUUCUUUUACAGUCAAGUAUCGGGUGGAAUGAAAACCAUGGGGAUUGCUCUGUAUCUUAGUGUGUUCGGGGUUGGUGGCUAUCUUAGUGCUAUCUUAAUUUCACUUGUCGAAAUGCUGACAACCAUGAAUGGGGCAAGUAGUAGCUGGUUCUCAGACAAUUUGAGCAAAGCUCGACUCGACUGUUAUUACGGGCUUCUAGCUGUACUAAGCAUCAUGAGCAUGAUCCUAUUUGUAAACAUAGCUGGCCAUUACAAGGAUGAUAAGAUAGAUUCCCCAAAUACAACCAUGAAAUGAAAAAUAUCAGUAACAUCAUGUUUCACCAUCACAUAUUCCAUUGAAGGUUUUAUCUUGUAAAUACUUGUAAAAAGUAGCAGGAAUUACUACGGGAAUUUGAGUAAGAUGAA